AUGAGUAGGGUCGGAACUAGUAUUGCUAUUAUAGCAGUCUCCAUUUCACUUGUAAUAUUGUUAUUAAGUUAUGCAGGUACAAAAGUGGACGUUGAUAUACCACAAGACAAUAGUACUCACACCGGAUAUCCCGUUUGGCAUCCUCCUUUUCCAGGGCAUUAUGGUCAAGAUCAAUAUGCAACAAUCUUUGGCUCAGUAAUAUUGAUGGCAAUCAGUGGAUAUUUUGCAUAUAAAUGGACAAUGUUUGAUACGAAAACUAACGAAGAGUUGGUAACAUAUUUGGUUGAUAGAGCUGCAAACAAAACAACCACCAUUUACUUUGACCAAUUAUUAGCCGCAUACUCGUUAGUUACAGGAAUAACAGGAAUUGCAUACCUCGCAUUUGAUAUUGGUAAAAUUUGGUCUACGGUUGGAGUGUUUCAUAAUGGUUUGGAAGUUGUUAUAUUAGUUGCUUUACAUCAAGGAGGAAGAAUCGUUUCAAACAAAUUUUUAGCUUGGAUGAUUCUUUACUUUGUGUCCACCUUAGGUUUUAGUAUCUUUUUAGAUUGGCCUUAUGACACCGUUUGGUUUAAGAUGCAGGGUCUAUGUCAGGAUUUUGCGUUGGCGAUUACAUUUACGCGCAUAUAUUUUGCUACUCGUAAUGGUUAUGGGGACGAAACUCAUCAGCGUCUUUUUGAUGUAGAAAGACCAAGAGAAAACAACGGUGUUAAAGAAUAUAUUUUUGGUUCCGUUUCACGUUUCACUCCUAAACAUGCAAAAGAAACAUCGCAAACUUUACCAAAAUUUCCAAUAUUAUUUAUAAAUCCACUAGUUUACAAAAUCCUUUUGAUAAGAUUAAAAGUACCUACUAUAGCUACUAAUAAUCAAGGUGAUUUUGAAGCUGAAUUAGCUGUAAAAACUUGUAAAAAUGUUGAUAGAGAGAAUGCUUUACGACAUGUCUUGGGAUAUACUGUGUAA